UUAAAUUUAUUUUUUUGACGACUUUCUUCUCACCAAACAUUUGACGUGCACUAAGAGCCACUAUAAUGGGUCUCCAGGUGUCACCCUAGUCGAGUAUCAUCAUGGCGUCUGCUGUACAAACCUUUACAAAAAUCGGCAAAGUUAUUCGUUUAAAUAGACAUGGAUGCACAAAUCGACCUUUCUAUCAUAUUGUCGUUCAAAAGACAAAGGAUACUCAAGAUGGACCAGUAAUUGAACAGGUUGGCAGCUUUGAUGCAAUGCCCAACAGCCAAAAUGAAAAACUAGUUGCCCUCAACUUGGAAAGAAUUCAGUACUGGCUUGCACAAGGAGCUGGACUUAGUGAUCCUGUUGCCCAGUUGCUUGGCCUCUCUGGAUUCCUUCCAAACCACCCAAGGACCCUAAUUCAAGCAUGGAAGAAUAGACGAGAACCACCCAGAGAAAGAAAAAUCGAAGCUAUUAUAGGAAUUGCUCCACCUCUUGACAAUCCCAAAAUUUAGCAUGUUUCUGUUUCCCAAUUAGUGAAAAUAAAUCAUUUUUGUUAGAACAA